AUGCCGCGGGAUCGACCUCCCACCACGGGCUACGAGCGCCUGGCCCAAGCAGACCAAUUCAGUGACGACUCGGACGAUGAUCUCCUCGCCGCCUCCUCUGCCUCCUUGCAGCCGGCCUCUGCGCCGCGCUUCGCAGCCAUCACACAGCCUCGCCAUCGCUCCGGCAUGAUGAGCCCCAAGGCCAACCAACGGCCGAAGUUUCGAAGACGAGGGGGGUCUCAUGGUGGCGUCGAUCUUAAGGCCAUCAAUGCAAGGUUGGAACGAUGGGCCGACGAAAUUGCCUCUCGAUUCAAGCGCGGGAAGGGCAGAGGUAUUUCGGGCGAGGAGGAAAGACUUGAGAUUCACCACUCCGUCUUCCAGCCUCCAGAGGGAGUGCGGCCCGUUACGGCAGAGGGACUGGCCGAAGACCAACCUGGCGUCAUGACCAAGGCCGAGUUCGAAGCCAUUGUGGAAAGUGUGCGCCUUGCCAUUCGACAAGAGGUCCACCCGAGCAUGAUUUCACAAGGGAGCUCUGGUAGUUAUUUUGCAAGGAAUCCGGAUGGCAAGAUUGUCGGCGUGUUUAAGCCAAAGGAUGAGGAGCCGUAUGCCGCCGGUAAUCCGAAAUGGAACAAAUGGAUUCAUAGAAACCUCUUUCCUUGCUGCUUUGGGCGAGCUUGUCUUAUUCCCAAUCUGUCGUAUGUCAGUGAGGCGGCAGCCUACGUACUCGACUGCCAACUCCGCACCCACCUCGUUCCCUACACAGAUGUUGUCUGGUUAUCGUCAAAAUCAUUCCACUACCCUUUCUGGGACCGACGCAGCUUCUAUCGAAAGAAGAAGCCGCUGCCUGCAAAGCCUGGUAGUUUUCAAGUCUUCCUCAAGGGCUUCAAAGAUGCAAACGUCUUUCUGCGGGAGCACCCCUGGCCAGACCAAUAUUGGUCCGGUUUCCGGGCAAACGAUACGCAUAGGAGUCGCAGGAAGAGAUGGACAGAAAGCUGCCGUCCAUCUACAUCUGGGUCACCGGAAGAUGCCGAUUCCAGCGACGAAGAAUCGCCAGAGGAUGCUGACGGGCCUGCCAGUCCGCCGCGGUUUACGUGGACGGAGCAAAUUAAGCAGUCCUUCAGGGAGGAACUUGAGAAGCUUGUCAUCUUGGACUAUAUCAUGAGAAACACGGAUCGUGGGCUCGACAACUGGAUGGUCAAAGUUGACUGGGAGACGGGCACGGUGUCUGUGGCUUCGGACCCUGUACACCUGAACAUGGAAACACCACAGGACGACCACGAGAACGCUCCCCGACCCGUUGAUCUAGAGCAAAUGCCGCAGUCUGCUACCAGGGCAUCGUACCCUUAUAGGAGCCAGAGGCCCAUGAAUGCUUCGAGCAACAAAUUGGCAUCAAAGGAUCCAGCCAUGCACGUCGGUGCCAUUGACAAUUCGCUUUCGUGGCCUUGGAAACAUCCUGAUGCAUGGCGGAGUUUCCCAUUUGGCUGGCUUUUCCUUCCUGUAGACCUCAUUGGUCGGCCAUUUUCACAAAGGACCAGAGAUCACUUCCUUCCGCUCCUCACUUCUACAGCCUGGUGGGCUCAAACACAAAUGGCGCUCAAGCGAGUCUUCCAGGUGGAUGAAGAUUUCCAGGAGCGCAUGUUUGCCAAGCAAAUCGCCGUCAUGAAGGGCCAGGCUUGGAAUGUUGUGGAGGCACUCAAAACCCCAGACCACGGUCCUCUCGAGCUCACUCGUCGAACCAAAGUAUGCGUCUGGGAUGAUUUGGUCGACGUGCCAGUUGCAGUCCCUAUGCGGGUGACAUCUUCUGAGCUGCGGCGCAACUCCAACGUUCGUCAAUCUAUGGACGAGGCCGACAUCGCUAGCUCUGUACCAGUCAAUCAAGACUCGUCGGCCGACCUCCUUGGACUACAGAGCGCCCCGGUGGACAUGCCACGUUCUGGCCGAUUCGACGAAAUUUCCAGCCCCAACGAUGACGGUGCCCGGUCACCCGACGAGAGACGAUCCAUGAACGGGCCCGACAGGAAUCCAUUUGGGAACCAGGCAGGAUCCCGCUCACUAAACGUCUACGAGCCAGCUCGCCACGGGCCCUACCAACAGCGGAGAUACUCGUUCGCUUCACCGGCAGCUGCAAGGCGGAAUAGUAACACCAUAGCCCAACAGCUGUACGGCGACUCGCAUGAUUCGUACGACGGUGACGACCCCGAUGGGGACUUGGGUUAUGCGGCAGCAGAAGGACAAAUGGGCAACCAGCGCAAGGUCAUCGUGGAGCGGCUUGAAGCCGUCAAGAGCAGAAACCCUGUCUUCACCUGGUGCUGA